GCACCCAUACACAAACUAAUACGCCCUAGUUCCGGACACAAUCGGUUUAUCUUAAAAGACAUACCCAAGGACAUUUUCACCAACUUCAACGAGGAAAUCCACCCAAGACUUCGUGAGAAUCCGUAUAUACGGCUGCCGUGGGAUACCAUACCCGGUCAACGGAUAUUCAUAUACAGGUAUAUGGAUGACGACUUGUUGAGUCUUGUGAAGAAGGGGAUUUCGAUGCGUGCCCGAAAGAAGAUCCUCAAGGCUGUUUUGUUGGGUAUUGCGGAGUUGCAUGAGAGGGAUGUUAUUCAUCUCGAUAUAAAACCAGAUAAUAUCAUGGUCAAUCACCACCGCGAUGGUGAAGAGGAUAUCAUCAGAAAAGUUCAGAUAAUCGACGUUGAAAAUGCCGCGUAUCUCCCCAGACGGCGAUGCAUCAAAGGCAUGCUUCCUGGCAAUGACAACUGGCGCAGUUCCGAGGGACAUUUCAAGGGCGAACUGAACAAACCAACUGAUAUCUUUUCUUUUGGCAUCGUCUGUAUCUAUGCUAUGCUCGGACGCGUCAUUUUGGGCCCUCAUGAUGAUUUCGAAAAACAUUAUUCGAAGGGUGCACUUCCUGUUUAUAUUCGCCUACAGCGUCAAGUUUCAUAUUUUGGGGGCCGGGAAGGGAUCAAAGGGCUCUUGAGGCAUAUUAGUGAUGAUGAGAUUAGUUGCGAAAUGCUGCGGAUGCUAUGGGAUGAUAGGUUUGAGGAAAUUCCGUAUAUACCAUUUUCAGAGUGGCCGGGUGUUACCGAUCCAGUAUUCAAGGAUUUCAUUCAGGAAUUAACGAAUCUGGAUCCUGCAAAACGACUUACUGUGCGCCAGGAGUUGGAACAUCCGUGGUUAUCUGGGCUUUGA